GUGAUUAAGCUCAAAGAGGUAGAAUCAUUGUGGAAUUGGUGAAUUUGGAAUUGGAUUGGGGAUAGAAUACGGGUUGGAAGCAAGGUACCAACUUCCAAUAGGACUCCUGAUCCGAAAAAAUAGUCUUCGACUGUAUUUAUAUAUCGAUCGGCCUCCCCAACGCUUAAAUUCAGUAUACUUCUUAUUAUCAGAAGAAGAAACAAUAUGGAGGGCGAAGAUUUCAAUAAACCAUGGUUUGUAGUCAGGCCACAGCCAGACGGGGGCACCACAAAAUGCUUUGUCCCGAGCUCCCAUAUUCAUGCCCGUUUCUCCUGGAAAGAUCAGAUCUCGACCAUCUCUUUGCCGGCCGAUUUAAUAUCGGAGUCUCAAGAGUCCCAGCGUCGAUUCGUUCGCAACUCACGGGAUUUGCGUAAAUGGCAGAUUGAAGAUGAUGUCAUGAAUGCUGUCGCCGACAAACUGAUUGACAAAAUGCGUUGUUACGAUAUGCAAUGUAAUCUCCUGGUAGACAUUAUUCCACCGGCGGAGGACGAUCCUGAGGCGAGGGCGGCGGCCGCGGCGGCCUCGAAGAAGUUUCGCAGGGCGUUCAGCAUAUUCAUGUUAUCAUACGUUAUUAUUGUCGCAUUUAGUUGUGUUUUUUUGUUGUUUUGGAAGUGGGAAAUUUGAACUUUUAAAUUUUGUGAGUUAACUCUUAGCACAACGGAUUCUAUUAGCAAGUAGAAAAUAGCAGAUCCAAUCAACGGAUUUGAUCAAUAGAUUUGUUUGGCGUGUAGUAGAAAAAUGUUUGACAAAUUAGUUGUUUACAUACCGUGGUUAGUAG